CUCUGUAGAGAUGUGUAGCUACACAGAGGUAGAAGGGGAUAGAUUGCUAGCCAGCUAACGGUAGCUAGCUAGCUUGGAUUCCAACGAUUAAAGAAACCGGGGUGAACGUGGUUAUGGUGCACUCGGCGGGCUUAAUUUCCUAAAGCCCUUAUUGGAUACCAAUUUUUCACGAAGAGGCUUGGACCGGCCCUUUUAAUCCAUCCAACAAAUUGCUGCUUGGAUUGUAUCGUUAGCUAACCAUCGCGCCGUGUAGCUACAGCACAACACAGAGCCAGCCGGAGCCCGUCUCCAAAACAAGAAUGGGGUCCAGGUCCACAGCACGGCUUAGGUAAAGUGACCUUUGGUUGUGUUCUCUAAAUGGCAAAUUUCAUGAAUUACCAGGAAAGCAAGGCCACUAUGUUGUUGGUGGAGACGCAACAGAGAGGCAUCGGGACGAAACCAGCGGCUUCGACAGCCAACGGCGACACCUCAAUCGGGGAACCCCCUUCCCCGUUGUUGAAUAUCGGUGGUGGCAGCGGAGUACGUUUCCAUCAACACUUGCCGCCCUCCAACCACCACAGCCACCAUCACUACCCCCAGAGCUCGUUACCCAAAGAACAACAACAACCGCUGUCGCACCACUACCAGGCAGCGAGUCCUCAACAGCAACAUCUCUCCGGCGAAAACAUAACGGAGUCCCCGUUAAGAAAAGCCCCCGCGUCGUCUUUGAAUCUAGUACAUGAGGACCCCGCUGCUAGCCACCACGCACUCGCCGCGUCGGUAAACGCUGCGUCUGCCGCUAUACAAUUAGCUGCGAGUGCUAACAUUAGCGUGGCUACCUCAGAAGUUGUUGUGGACGACAUUCGGAAGUGUGGCUACCUGCGGAAACAAAAGCACGGGCACAAGAGAUUUUUCGUGCUUAGAGCAGCCAGCCACCUAGGCCUCAGCCGGCUGGAGUACUAUGACAGCGAGAAAAAAUUCCGUAAUAGCCUGCGGUCUGCUGCUGCGGCUGCUGCGACCGGUGCAGUUGCCCCUUCUCCUCCGAAACGGGUGAUCUAUCUGUAUCAGUGCUUUACCGUCAACAAAAGAGCGGAUUCCAAGAACAAACACCUCAUAGCCCUCUAUACUAAGGAUGAAUACUUUGCUAUUGUGGCUGAAAAUGAGCAGGAGCAAGAGGACUGGUUUGUAGCACUGAGUGAACUGAUGAGUGAGGGGAAAAAGGGCCACUGCGACUCUGACGAGUUGGAUGAUGGCUACGGUACAGUCACACCAGGUACGGUUUUCAAAGAGGUGUGGCAGGUGAAUGUGAAACCAAAAGGGCUGGGCCAGACCAAGAACCUCACAGGUGUUUAUCGCUUAUGUCUCUCUACCAAAACAAUCCACCUGCUUAAACUGAACUCGGAGACACCGUACGUUAAUCUCCAGCUGAUGAACAUCAGGCGAUGUGGACACUCCGAAAGCUUCUUCUUCAUUGAGGUGGGUCGCUCUUCCUCUAUUGGACCAGGGGAGAUAUGGAUGCAGGUGGACGACUCCGUCGUGGCCCAGAACAUGCAUGAGACCAUCCUUGAGACCAUGAAGGCUCUGAAGGCCUUUGCUGAAUUCCGCCCCCGUAGCAAGAGCCAGUCAUCAGGCUCCAAUCCUAUUGCGUUUAUCACCACACGCCGUCACCUAGGUAACCUGCCACCAAGCCAGACGGGUCUGCAGCGCCGGUCCCGGACCGAGUCAGUGGUCGGGACACCGCCGUCCAGCAAAAGCUCUGGCGCCAGCGGCUACCGCUUCAGGACGUCAAGUGAGGGCGAGGGGACCAUGAACCGCCCGUUUCGCUCUGUCACUGGCAGCCUGAUUCAUUUGAAUACUGCUCGCAUCCACCUGGGGCGCCAGGAGGGCGGGGGAGGGGCUGGCAGUGCCGGGAGCUCCGCAGGCGGUGGGCGCUAUGCCAGGGCGCCUCCGGGCUCCGCAUACCACGCCCGCUCUGCCUCACUCCCCGUCUCGCAUUUCCCCUCCACCACAUCCCCCGUCAGCGUGUCAAGUAGCAGCGGGCACGGCUCAGUUUCCGACACCCUCACCAGGCCCUCCAGCGCCUCAAUUUGCGGUUCCCCUUCGGACGGAGGCUUCAACUCGUCCGACGAGUAUGGCUCAAGCCCUGGAGACUUCCGCUACUUCCGGGUCCGGAGCAACACACCCGACUCGCUGGGGAACACCCCGCCAAUCAGAGAGGAGAACUGUCUGAGUGACUACAUGGCCAUGGGUUGGCACCGUGAGGUUUUCGGGGCGACUGGUGGGAGCAGCCUCGGGGGCGCAGAGACCCCCCACCGGGAUGAGAGCACGUCGGCGGACGACGACCGCUCACUGAGGCGGCGGACGCACUCGUUUACCCGGCCCGGAGCCCAGGGAUGCGUGGCGGUGUACCAGAAGAUGACCCAGACGACCUUCUCGCUGGACGAGUCGGCAGCCUCGGGGGAGGCUCUGUCGUUGGGCCGGGUCGGCAGCGGCAACCAGCCCUCGUCGUCGUCCUCCUCGUUGCGCUCCGACUACAGCUCGUCCUCUGAGCACAGCCAAGGCCGCCCUCCCACCUCCUCGGCCAAGGAGGACAGCGGCUACAUGCCUAUGUUGUGCGGGGUGGCUGCCUCGCCUCGUGACCUGCCCGACUAUGUGCCCAUGCAGCCCGGCUCUCAGCGUCACCAACCUCCACUGACUUCCCCCCAGACUUCUAGCCAAGCCCCGCGCCCGCCCAACCAACCCACAGACCCUCACGGUUACAUGAUGAUGUUACCGGGAGGACGGAGCUCGUCUUCCCCAGUCCAGGCCUCUCCGAGCCCCCAUAGAAGGGCCGGCGACGCGGGCCCGGAUGUAAGUGAUGUCGUUGAGCGGCUGGAGAACGGAGGCUACAUGGACAUGUCAUACAGUGGCGCUGUGGGGGUGCGGAAGCCCCCGAAUGAGGCCGGAUACUAUGCACUGAGCACCGCAGAAGGUGCCCCGAAAUCCUACAGCCCCUACUUCUCUCUGCCUCGCUCAUACAAGGCCCCCAUCGCUAGGGGAACAAGCGAGCAUAACGAAUACGUCCCCAUGAGCUCUCCAGCCAAACCAGUCUACUCCCAGGUUGCGACCGGCAACACUGCAGAAAGGGGUAGUGUUUCGGGCCCGGAUACUCCACACACUCACCCACCCCCUCCCUACGGAGCUCACCAUCAGUCAGCCCACGGGGACCGACGGUCGACCCCGGUCCGGCCCAACCGCCUCCCCCUGAGCCGUCGCAGCUUCCACGGGUCACUGAGGGUCAGUGAGACGGCCGCCACCGAGGGACCCCCCAGCCCCGGGGAGUACAUCAACAUUGAGUUUGGGGACCGCUUCAGACCCCCCACGUCCUGCCCUCUGCCUGCCCAGGACGGCUCACCUUUGCCAGGCAUGGCCGCUCAGCGCCGCUCACCUCCCCAACCUCAGAACCAGGACUAUAUGAGCGUGGAGGUGGGGGGUGGAGGUGGCGGGAGUGACGAUGGAGGCCGUCUGGCUAAGAACCAGUCGCCCAGACCCUCUCUGGUGGCCCCCUGGAACCCACCCAGCUACAUCCGACCCCUGGCCUCUGGCACCUCCCUGAGCGGUUCCCCCGGGUCAUCCAGAGCUCACUGGCGGACAGGAGCCGACGACUACACCGACAUGACCUUCAAUCUGAGUGGGGGUGAGGGGUUGCGGAGCAGCCCUACUGCCAUGCUGCAGCAUCUGCUGGAGGGGCGUUACCCUCCCACCUUACCACCCCACCACACCCCCCCUCCCUCCUGCUCCGGCCCCCAGCCCGAGCUGCCCAAGGUGGUACGCGCUGACCCACAGGGCCGACGCCGGCACAGCUCCGAAACCUUCUCCUCCUCGACCACCCCAGGGGGUGGGGGAGGUGCGAACUCCACCGCCAACCCCCACCUAUGCUCGGCCAACCCCCUGGCCUUAAAUGGAGCCCAACUGGCCGAGGGCUCCAAGUUGACGGGCUCCUUUGACAGUGUUUGGUUGUGUGUGGAGGGUGUGGGUGGGGACUCUGCUGCUCUCCCUCCCCAGCCAGGGGCUUCUGAACCCGGCCUGGCCUCUGUCUCAUCCGGGGGCCCUGCCGGCGGUCUGACGUGCAGGAACGUGUCAAUGGGGUACCAGAACGGACUCAACUACAUGGCCCUGGAGCUUCUAGGGGACCGGGACUCGGACCCGUUCCCUGUAGCCCAACAGCAGCAGGGGGGAGCUGGGCACGAAACCGGGCCUGGUCCUAACGUGCCCUCAGCAGGUGGCGUGGCGGUGCCUGUAAUGGAGAACAAUGACGCCUACACCAAGAUAGACUUUACCAAUUCUGACGGGAUGACCGCCACAUCUAAGGACUGAAGAUGGAUGGAUGGAUAGAUGCCCCCCACGCCUUGACCUUAAACCCGUUAACCUCAAUGCCAAGGCUUACCCACAAGGUCACGCCUCCCUCUGAGCAACAGCAACAACAUCACGAAGACGACGGAAGGCGAAAAUGGACGGCGCUCGCGUUUGAGUGUUUUUCUUUCUUGCGACUUAUUGUUUGAGACUUUGUGUUCAUGGCUGGUUUUGAGGCUACUCUCGACGUUAAAGGACUUUGGCUACGAAGACAUGCAUUUCAGUUGACCAUACAAAAAGGGAGCUUCGCUCAAACACUUUAGAGUAUGACUGUAUAGUAAGAAUAAUCAUAUUAAUAAUAAUACCUGUACAGAUUGGUCAGUAGAGUUGACUCUAAGCGCUCUUAGGGUUUACUCAUUUUUUCUCAUUGAGAAAAGGCUAAAUGUAUUUAUUGCCACAAUAGUGCAUUUCUUAUUAUAACACAAUGAAGUAUUUUUGUAUUAGCUAGCAGCAAAUGGUACUGGACUUGACGGUAGUCCUUGUUUUCCUGGUGAAAAAAGAUUUUCUGUAAAAGAAGCAGGUACUUUAUUUCCACUUAAAGGUCCUUAUUAGCACAGGUCUAGUAUAAUGUGCGUGUGGCACUCACACCUACACACACCCACACUUACAUACCUGGCUGCUUGUUUCUCCACUUUAGGCUACACUGACUGACUACACACACAGACGUCAGUGUUUCCCGUUUAGGCUAGGCAACCCCCUCACCCCCCCAUUUGUGAUAGGCCUAGUCUGUCAGUAGGGCUUGGUGACGUUUGCGGUUCUAGUAAACUAACUCCACACCACUAAGAUUCAAUGUCCUGGCCAUACCUGCCCCUCAGCCUCUAACCUCCCUGCUUACGCACGCUAGGCCUAUCACAUUGCCAAAUAUGUCAGCUGGAUGUUGUUACGGGGGGGGGGGG